AGCGGAAAUGAUUACAUUAUCAACAGCUUGCUCUGAACUCCGUUACUCUCCAUCGUUAUUAGGAGUUGCUGUGGGCGUCAGUGUUCCAGCCCCCGCUACACAGAGGAGGAUCUACGAAGACGAGGGGACCUGUAUGAUUGACGCUAGGUCUGUUUGGCUCUCACAAGCCUUAUGCACGGUCAGUGAAUCACGACCGAGAAAAAGGUGCGAUUGGGUAUUUAAAUUUCGCCCAAACCCUGCAAAAAUGUCCCGACUUGUUACGUAUAUAUUUUCUCUGAGCUCGCUCCGAAGACAGCAGUGGGAACGAAAUUUUCCCGGCGAACUGAAUUAGGAACUGAAUUAACCGCAUUUCCAAAAAUAGUGGAUUUAGAAGAAGAAGAAGACAUCCGUGUUUCCUCUUCGCAGCGUCCUUGGGAAGCCUGUGUUAGAUUUGUUUCGAGGGGAUCUUAAUGGAAUCGCUGUCCCAAAGGAAGUGGAGCUCAUAGAUCUGCGAAGCGGGUCUGAAGACAGAGCAGCAACAGCAGCUGAGCUCCUUUGGCUAACAUGGACGACCUCUCCCAAGACCUCGUCCAGCUCUAGCGUCCGUCAGGAUUUCUGUGAACAAAGAGAUGGAAAUGAGGCGCGACGACGGGAACAAAUGAGAGUCGACGUAUCAGACGUGUCUCGCCGUUCUUCAGCGACAUCCAGAGGGCUGUGCUGACCCUGGCCUUGCCACCAGAGGAAGCAGGAAACGACACCUUCCUGGGCCUUCUGCUUGCUGUGCGUGCAGUCUCUGGAGAUGACAACCAAGAGGAAGAUCAUCGGCCGUCUGGUGCCCUGCCGAUGCUUCCGCGGCGAGGAGGAGGUCAUCUCCGUGCUGGAUUAUUCCCACUGCAGCCUGCAGCAGGUGCCCAAGGAGAUCUUCAGCUUCGAGCGAACGCUGGAGGAGCUGUACCUGGAUGCCAACCAGAUAGAGGAGCUGCCCAAGCAACUGUUUAACUGUCAGGCUCUCCGAAAACUGAGUAUUCCCGACAAUGACCUCUCCAACCUGCCAACCACCAUCGCUAGCCUUGUAAACCUGAAGGAGUUAGACAUCAGUAAAAAUGGUAUUCAAGAGUUUCCCGAUAACAUUAAAUGCUGUAAAUGCCUAACAGUUGUGGAAGCCAGCGUCAAUCCAAUUACCAAGCUCCCGGACGGUUUCACGCAGCUCCUCAACCUGACGCAGCUCUUCUUAAACGAUGCCUUUCUGGAAUACCUCCCGGCCAACUUCGGGAGACUAUCAAAGUUACGCAUUCUGGAGCUACGGGAGAAUCACCUAAAAACGUUGCCAAAGUCAAUACACAGACUUACACAGCUGGAGCGAUUAGAUUUGGGAAGCAAUGAAUUUUCUGAUUUGCCAGAGGUCCUGGAGCAGAUACACAAUCUGAAAGAACUGUGGAUGGACAAUAAUUCACUGCAGACAAUGCCAGGGUCUGUUGGGAAGUUGAGACAGCUAAGGUACCUGGACUUAUCGAAGAACAGGAUUGAGACGCUGGACACAGAAAUAUCCGGGUGCGAGUCCUUGGAAGACCUCCUUCUGUCUUCCAAUAUGUUGCAGCAGUUGCCCGAAUCCAUAGGAAUGCUGAAAAAACUGACAACUCUCAAAGUGGACGACAACCAGCUAACCUCACUGCCCCAUUCCAUUGGAAGUGGACGCACCAAAAUAGGUUUAUCACUUUUAGAGGAGUUCGACUGUAGCUGCAAUGAGCUGGAGGUCCUUCCGCCCACCAUUGGCUACCUCCACAACCUGCGGACGUUCGCUGCUGACGAGAACUUCCUCUCAGAAUUGCCCAGAGAGAUUGGGAACUGUAAAAACGUCACGGUCAUGUCUCUCCGCUCCAACAAGCUGGAAUUCCUGCCUGAGGAGAUCGGUCAGAUGACCAAGCUGCGCGUUCUCAACCUCAGUGACAACAGGUUAAAGAACUUACCUUUCACUUUCACAAAGCUGAAGGAUCUCGCUGCACUAUGGUUAUCAGACAAUCAGUCCAAAGCCCUUAUCCCCCUUCAGACGGAGGCACACCCAGAGACCAAGCAGAGGGUCCUCACCAAUUACAUGUUUCCUCAGCAGCCACGCCACGAUGAAGAUUACCAGUCAGACAGCGACAGCUUUAACCCCACCCUGUGGGAAGAGCAGAGGCAGCAGCGAAUGACAGUGGCCUUUGAGUUUGAGGAGAAGAAAGAUGACGAGGACAGCUCCGGCAAAGUCAAGGUGGAGAUCAAUCUGAAGCGCUACCCUACCCCUUACCCAGAAGACCUGAAAAACAUGGUGAAGUCAGUGCAGAACUUGGUGGGAAAGACUAGUCAUGCACUGAGCACUGAGAAGUGCUCCUCUGGGACCAACAUGGAGCACCAUGCCGUGGACAAGUAUGAAGCCAAGUGGCCCAUUGCACCUAAGGAGGUGAUGGAUAGAGAUGCCAAAGACUUCCCGAAAAGUCAGAUGACAGAGCAGGGUAACAUCCAUAACUCUGUCAUGGAGAUCCCAAGGCGCAAGGAGAAGGAGGAUUUGACUGAAAGCUCAGAGAUUUCUUUUCACCGCGUCGAUACCAAGCUGCCACAGCCAGAGAACAUGAACCUGUCCGUAACAUCUUCCUGUUUCUGCCUCAUAGAUUCCCUCGGAGGCUCUCCUAACGACAUUCGCAUUUCUGACAUGCGACCCACUUUGGUGGAGACCUCUAUGUACAAACCAAAGGUUGUCUUACUAGGCAAAGAUAAGAAAGAGUCGACAGAUGAGUCAGAUGCAGAAAAAAUGCACGGCCUGAACAACAGUGGAUCCUCGGCGACCUACUCGGACUACUCGCCGUCGCAGGGCUCCUCCGGCUCGUCCAAUCCCCCAGGCACCGUGUCUGCACUCCAGCCAGUCGGAAAGGAAGGAGUGUCCCAAACGCACUGGACUAACAGGUUGGCUCAGUCUUUCCCAAAGCCCAUUGAGACCAAACCAUUGCUAAGCCAAAGGGAGACCCCUCCUUCCAGCACAUUGCAACAAAGAAGCGAAAGACGCCCUCUCAGCGACACCUUUGACAGCUGGAAUGAUACCUCCCACUAUGACAACACGGGAUUUGUGGCCGAGGAGCCUCCAAUUGACAGUUCGAGCAGCGGCAACCCCAUGCUAGGCUCCAAACCUAGGAGUAGCUCCGCACACGGGCGCCGGCCCCUCAUUCGACAGGACCGGAUAGUCGGGGUUCCACUCGAGUUGGAACAGUCUUCCCACACCUUCCAUCCUGUCCGCAGCACCCCCGAACCUGGAAAUCCUACCCCAACUAACCCCUGGCAGAAUUGGACAAGGACCCCCAGCCCCUUUGAGGACAGGACUGCCUUCCCCUCCAAGUUGGAAAUCACCCCCGCUAACAGCCCUAACCCAGACCGCAAGGACUUUGAGCAAGACUUAGCUGAUCUGCCUGGCACUUUUCCCUCCUCAGGCGCUUGGGGCUUCCUGGACUCACAGGACUCGGGGACGACCAGGAGCCACCCAAAUGUUUUUACGCAUGUUCAGUGCAGACCGGACUCUGCCAAAAGCGGGUUGAUCAUCAGCAAAAGCACAGAGCGGCUCUCGCCCAUGAUGAAGGAGGUGAAGGCUAAGUUCAAAAAGUCGCAGAGCAUCGAUGAGAUUGACAUUGGCUCUUACAAGGUGUACAACAUACCCUUGGACAGCUACAGCUCCAGCAUAGAGAAUCAGGGCAGUGUAGACAGGGCAGAUCUCCCCCCACCCAUCGAACAGAGCAUGUCCCGAAGCCAAUCUGCUCCUAUGCUGGACGAUGACAUGGACAACUUUGGCAUAAACAAGAUGUCUCAGCAACAGAAACCUUCCAUCCCAAAAAAGGUGUAUCAGUUUGACCAAAGCUUCAACCCCCAAGGAGCCAUGGAGGUUGUGAAUCCUGAAAGGAGGGUCCCACCCCCCUUUCCAAACACCCCCGAGUAUAUCAACCAACCAGGAAAGACCCUUCCCAAAGAACUUAUAAGUCCCCGAGUGUACCGAGGCUAUCCCCCUAUGGAGCAGAUGUUCUCCUUCUCUCAGCCGUCUGUUAACGAGGAUGUCAUCAGCCACCCAUUCCCCACCCAGAGAUCCCGACCCGGCUUCCUACGGCGGGCAGACUCCCUGGUCAGUUCCACAGAGAUGGCACUCUUUCGCAGAGUAGCUGAAGCCCACGAGCUGCAGUCCAGUGACCGAUAUGUAAGGCCGCACUUUAAGGGCAUGUUGGAACAUCAGAAUAGCUUGUCCAGCAUGGUCGACUCCCAGUUCCACAAGAGGAACGGUCGGUACGAGGAUGACUACUCCUCUUACCAGGAGCCCAAAAAGCCAAUCAUGGGCUACCCCACCAAGAGCCUGACUCAGCGGCGACCCUUGUCUGCCAGGAGCUACAGCACAGAGACCUACGGUGCCUCACAGGCUAGGCCUGUGUCUGCUCGGCCAACCAUGGCCGCCCUGCUGGAGAAGCUGCCUUGUGAUUACACCUUGAGCACCUGCACUGAGAAGAUCCCCGAUGGAGACAUGAAGCUGCGACCUGUACCCCAGAAGCCAGAGGACAGUUCCUCUAAAAUGCCGGUGGACUGGAGACAACAGCUACUGAGACAUAUAGAAGCUAAAAGAUUAGACCGGAGCGCUGCCCUUAAGCACAACACAGUAAACUUCGGCAUGCUGUAUUCUGGACGCUAUGCCGACCCGCAUGCCAGCAGAAGCAUGACCGUAAAUUUUUACAAUCAUGCAAAGCAUGAAAACCAAACAGCACAGUGGCUACCUCUUCUAAAUACACCAUCGCAGCAGAGCAAUAUCUUAGAUAAUGGUCAGGAGGAGAUCUCCCCCACCAGUCAGUGGGCCCCGUACUCACUGGGCCGGAGGGAUGUGCCCCCGGACAACAUUGCCAAAAAGACGCAGACGAUGAUCAUGACCUCCACGUCUGUCACACCGCCACACCGCUCUGUCCGCGACCAGCAGUACGAAGGGCCCAUGAACAAGAUCUCCAUCCAGCAGUACCACUCCCCGCUGCCCAUGGCCAUCUCAGCCACCAGCCCCCGGCCCCAGAGUGCCCACUGCCUCAUUCAGACCAAAGGGCAGAAGAGCAUGGACGGCUACCAGGAACAGCUCUGCGUGAGGAUAGAGAAGAGCCCAGGGUUAGGCUUCAGCAUCUCAGGGGGCAUCAGCGGUCAGGGGAACCCCUUCAAGCCUUCCGACAUGGGUAUCUUUGUUACUAGGGUACAGCCUGAUGGACCCGCUGCCAGCGUUCUUCAACCUGGGGACAAAAUUCUGAAGGCCAAUGGACAUAGUUUUUUACACAUGGAACAUGAAACUGCUGUCUCUCUACUGAAGAAUUUCCAGAAAACUGUGGACUUGGUAAUCUUGAGGGAGAGCACAAGCUAAUUUUUUUGUUUGCUUUUUUUUACCGUACAUAACUUCUUACAUGUACAGAACUGAAAUAUGUACAAGCUACUUGCGUCCAUUUUUAUCUUGGAACAGUAACAUUUGCCAAUUGCUGGACCAAUGGCAAAAUAUUAGUGCCAAUUGUACGAUAGGUUACGUGUCAUGUUACACACCAAUCAAAAGGACAUGUUUAGAUAUUAUGCCUAUUUGACAGAAGAUCAUUUACUGUAUAUCUAUCAGCCUGAGGCUGUAGAUUGGUGCAGAUGUGGAUUUUUUUUUGCUAUUCUGUUUCUGAAAGGUGUUGCUUAAUUUCUUAUGCAUUUAAUUUAACUUUAUGUAUUUUUUCCAUUUAGAUGUCAGAGCAUGAAAGCACACUGGCUGUUUUGGUAAUUCAUUCACCAUAAACACUGCCUCACUGUGUAUAUGCCUUCUGUAAAUAUGUACAUAUACAUUUAAAUGAAGAAAUGAAGUGGAAGGAGCGUAUGUAUGUAUGCUAUUUGCUUUGAAUUUAAGCCAUUAUUUGAUUGCUAUUUUUUUGUGUCAUUUUAGGACAUUAAAUAUGAUCUGUUCAAUUUUAAUACAUUUUGAAAAUACCUUUAUAAACAUUUCUGAAUAGUUAUACCACCAGUUCUUUUCCAUUUCUUUUUUUUUAUGCGGUUGAAGUGUAGUAUUUAUGUUGAUCUUGAUCACAAUUUAAAACCAGUUAAUGGAGUUUGUCAGAUGUGUUUUUUUUGCAGUUUGUUUCCACAAAUCUGUGAAAUGAAAGAUUAUCAUAAAACAUUGCUUUUAUUUUCUUUGAAUGGACAGGCUCAGAUUUAUGAGGGGUAAUCAGUACGUGCUCAGUAAUUGGACCUUAUUUUCAAAAAUGUUCGUGAAACCUGAUUGCUACUGAUGAUUGUUUCUGCACUGGAAAAGGCUAGUUGUUUUUCAGCAUAUCUAGUAUUUUUAUACCUUUGUAUUGUAUAUGUUCGAUUAGGAAACCAGAAUGCAUAUCUUUUGAUUCUAGAAUCCAGACCGAACAUGAUCACUAAUAGAAAAUAUUCCACAUCGUCACCAUCAAAGCUAUAUGCUCUGUUCACUCAAAUGGCAGAAACCCUUUUACAAUUUAGAUUCUUCUUGGUUACUUUUUGUUCUGUGUGAAUACUGGUAACCUGGAAUGUCAUUUCACAAAACGUUUUAGAAGUAAAAAAGAAAAUGAAUCCAAACUUGAGAAUAUCACUGAGGACCUGGAUUAAAAAAAAAAUGAAUCAUUGGUAACUAAAAAUCCACGCAACAGAUUUCUUCACACUCCAGAUUGCGCUGCUCGAGGACAGUCCAAGUGUCGAUAUUCACACAUCCACUGAGAUGUGAAACUGCUGUAAUGUUCUUCUCUAUACUGACGGAUGAUGGGUGACAGCAGGAGGCUCAUGAAAAACCCAUAACAUUGCAUGUACAAAACUAUAAAUAUGGGAGCAGGUGCAUAGAGCACAUAAUGUCCCACAGGUUUGGAUUUGACCGUAAGAUCAUAUCAAAUGGCACGUAUAUUGGACGGUCAACACGCUAAUCAAAAGCAGCACUUAGUCAAGCAGAACUUUUACAGUCAUUCCAAAACAAGAAAAGUAAAAUGCAAUUUUAUAAUUUCACAUGUAUUAUGUAAAUAGUACAUUAUGUACUACUUACAUCUUUAACAUCCUACCAAGAUUUACUGAAAUUGUUGUGCUGCUAGUAAUUUUCUGUACAUUUUAAACUAUUUACAAAUACGUUUUUAUGUUUCUUCAAAAAAAAAAACACCCACAUUUCUUCUUGUCAUUGUACUGAAUUGAUUUCCAUUGUAAGCUCCGUAGCAUGCUUUCAUAUGCUUUACUUAUUAAAAUGUGGCUUUUUGUCAUUUUAAGUAGACAUGCUAAAGGUUUUUUUUUGUUCUUGGAAAAAUAGUUUUUUUAAAAUGCAGAGGGAGAUCGUUUGUGACAGUUUGUGCCAUAGUCUCUCUCUCGAUGGUUUAUCACUGACGAAACCCAGAAAAUGUUCCAUAUGUUAAAUGUAUACAAAUGUAGCAUUUAAGGUGACAUCACACAGAACGGAACACUCUGAACCUGUAGUCCUGCAGAGAGUUGUGUACCUAGCUAAGGAAAGCUACCACUGCAUAAAUUAACAGUGCUUAAUUUAAAGGGUUGAGUCAUAAACCUGAAUAAAGUUUAAUUUUUUUUUUUUUUUUUUUUACUAAACAUUUUCAGGUUAUUUGUAAUAUACUGAUAUAUUUAGCUUUGCUCAGAUUUCUAUAACUGUAUGGAAAAAAGGAAUUCAGGAUAUGGGGAAGCUGUAGUAUUUAACUUGUAAAAUUGAUUUCUACAGUAAUUGUGAAUUUGUGUUAUACAAAAAUAUAUAUAUAUAUGUACAUGAAUAUAAAAAUGGUCAUUUUUGUAUGUGUUUACAAUACAAUUACAUAUAUAAAAAGCAAAUAUAUGGUACUUUUCGGUCUAAUUGCAGUAUUAAUGUAAAUAACUGUGAAUGAAAACAUUUUAAUUUAUUCAUAUAGAUUGUGAAUGUAUUCCAAGCUCUCGCAGUAUGAUGACUUAUUGGAUUUGAAUGCUGCUUCAUUUUUUGUGCAAGAAAGUAAUUUUAACAGAAAAAAUGUUUAGUUGGAGAGGUUUAGUGAGAAUUAUCCUGUUUAUUGAUUUGCACAUGCAAGUUUAAACCUUCCAGUUUUAUUUCUGUAUUGACACAAAUAUGUAACUGGUAAAGCAUAUAUAUUCUGUGUCUAGAAUGCAUUUUGCAGAAGCUAUCUGUAUAUACCCAAGAAAUUGUUAUAAAAAAAACUAAAAAUGCUGUGAAGAAAAUACCAGAGCCAUUUUUCGGCUUUGGAAAUACAGUACAAUUUUUUCAGUAUUUAAGAAGUGUUUUGAAUAAUGUAUGAAAGUCUAUUGUACAAAUAAUAAAAACAUCAUUUUAUUGUAAA